CGGAAGCGUGCGAGCGCGCAGGCGCCGUGGGCACCCGGGAAGCAGGAAGGCGGGGCCGCGCAGACGCGGUGAGGAGCGGCGGUAGCGGCGGCGGCAGCUGUGAGGGGUUCCGGGAAGAUGGUGCUGAUCAAGGAAUUCCGUGUGGUUCUGCCCUGUUCUGUCCAGGAGUACCAGGUUGGGCAGCUUUACUCUGUCGCAGAAGCUAGUAAGAAUGAAACAGGAGGUGGAGAAGGAAUUGAAGUGCUAAAGAAUGAACCUUAUGAACAAGAUGGAGAAAAAGGACAGUUUACACACAAGAUCUAUCACCUAAAGAGCAAAGUCCCUGCGUUUGUGAGGAUGAUUGCUCCCGAGGGCUCCUUGGUGUUUCACGAGAAAGCCUGGAACGCAUACCCCUACUGCAGGACGAUUGUAACGAAUGAAUACAUGAAAGACGACUUCUUCAUUAAAAUCGAGACCUGGCACAAACCAGACUUGGGAACACUGGAAAACGUACACGGUUUAGACCCCAACACAUGGAAAACUGUUGAAAUUGUCCACAUAGAUAUCGCAGACCGAAGUCAGGUUGAACCAGCAGACUACAAAGCUGAUGAAGACCCAGCGCUAUUCCAGUCAGUCAAGACCAAGAGAGGCCCGUUGGGAGCCAACUGGAAGAAGGAGCUGGCAGGCAACCCCGACUGCCCUCAGAUGUGCGCCUAUAAGCUGGUGACCAUCAAGUUCAAGUGGUGGGGUCUGCAGAGCAAAGUAGAGAACUUCAUCCAGAAGCAAGAAAAAAGGAUAUUUACCAACUUUCACCGCCAGCUCUUUUGUUGGAUCGACAAGUGGAUCGACCUGACAAUGGAAGACAUCAGGAAAAUGGAAGAGGAGACCCAGAGAGAGCUAGAGACCAUGCGUAAGAAGGGUUCCGUCCGAGGCACGUCGGCUGCUGAUGUCUAGAUGAGUCCCCUGUAGGGUCAGAGACAAUACCAAACUGUUUACGUAACCAAGGUCAAGUGAGGGGGACAAGUGCAGCCAGUGAUGAGUGAAGACUGACCAGUACCUUGCAGUGUUGGUGUUUCCCGGCCGGGCGCUUGUGGCUGUGGGCCCGCAGCUGUGUGUAAAGCGCAUGUGGGCUGUGGGUCCAGACGCACACACUCGUGUAUAUGUGUACAUACAAGCAAACGGGAUUAGUGCCGUCUCUCCAAAGUACUGUACCUAUCUUCAGCAAGAAUGCAAAGGAAAUAUUUUCAAUAUGUAUACCUGGGAUAAAUUUUAGUAAUUAUCAGAGUAAUGCUAUGAAUGGACAGACUGACUGCGAUGUAAUCCUAGCCGGUGUGUUUCAUGCCUGUCAAGUUGUGGACCAACAUACACAUACAUAUAUAUAUAUAUAUACAUACAUACAUAUCUAUACAUAGACUUUUACUACUGUUCUGUUAUUUCAAAUCAGUCUCUUACACAUUUUUAUUUUAGUCCUGUAAGCAACAGACUCCCACAGAAAAAUGUUCAGAAUCUUUUGGUAUUCCACUAAAUCUGGAAUGUAAACUCUGAAUGUAUUUAUAGCGAUUUAUUUCUGGAUGGCCAUCAUUUUGAAACCAAUUGAAAUUGGACAAUGCCUAUUAGCAAGAAAUAAAGUUGUAGGCCAAUUUCUACUUGUUUGCCCCAAAAGAAGAAAUCCUUUUAAAAAAAUAUUCUGGUUUAUAUUGGAUUUUUGUAUUUUAAAUUUCAAGUAUUUUUCUACAUCAGACCUAUUAAAGUAGCAAUGGUGGUCUGUGAUUUAUAAUAAAUUCUGUACGAUUUUCAGAGUCCUGAUAGGCAAGCAGAGAAAUUGGUGAGGGAAUUAAUAGUGUUGUAAGCUGUGUAGAAAAAUUGGGAGUGCAGCACCUCCGUGGAGUUUCUGAGAUGACUGCUUUCUGAAAUCACAGCUUGGAAACUAUGCAAACGGUCGGAGAUGCCCGGCUUACCUGAUGGACCGGAGCCAGGCCUGCGGCCUCGCUCUCUGCAAGCUGAAAAGCAAAUCGAAGGGUUCACAUCCAGGCGCCGACACUCGGGCAGUUGGGAUGCCAGGCAGUGGUGACGGGGAGCCCUGCUGAGGGUCUCCCCGUCCCCCACGGGUGGGGCGUGUCUGUGUCCGAAACGAGCAGGGUGGUGACGGUUAGAAGCUGCUGCUGCCGCCUUUCUCCCCCCGACCCCAGGUUUUUGUUUUUGAGAAAAGGACAGUAGCUCGGUAGGGGUCCUGGGCCCGCUCCUGUCUGUCCGUCCGUCCAUCCACCAGUCCGGGGUGCUUGGCUGCAGCCAUCCUGUGCGGGCCUUCAGGUCACAAACUGUCUUCUCCCCUCGAGGCCCCUAGCCACCUACACUAGCAAGGGAUCUGUCUACCCACGUCGCAUCCAUCCUCCCCGUGACGUGAUGCCGGUGACUCGGACACGCUGAGGAGCACCACCGCCCAGUGACGCUCUGACCCCACGCACUCGGGUUCCAGACUGGGGCUGGGUCUCGGCAGCACGAUCGCUGCUGAGCAGCGUCUGGGGCCGGGACACGUGGCAGCCGGAGCCCGCCGCACGGAGCUGAGCGUCUCUAACAGCUGGAAAUUAGAGGGGAUGUGUGGUGAAUGUAAACACCUAGUUUACUUGGCAGUCUCUUGUGUAAAUUACAGUAAAACAAAAGUAAAUGAAAUUUAAACAAAAAAUAAAUCUGAUCACAGAAUGCCA